GGGGCGGGCAGUCCCGGAACGUGAGGUGCCGGCUCCCGCGCGCGGGCCGCAUGGCCCGGCUGAGUAGAUGGGGCCGUGUCGGGCGGCGGGGGCUGCGGGGCUUGGUGAGGUGGAGAGCGCCGGGUGCCGCCGCGGAGGGGCCUCCCAAAGCCCCAGACUGUGAUGGGGCCCGACUGGCGGCCUAGUGAUCCUUCCGGCCCUACCCCGCGGGAGGAAGGGGCUUGUAGGUUCGCUGGGCCUCACGGCCCAGACUGUCCGGCUGCUGUCGCUCUUUCCAGUCCAGGGCGAAGAUGCUGGCGUUCUGGAGUUCGCUACGUCAGCGUGGCUUCCUUACGUCCACACUCAUUAUUUUAAAUCCUCAGCAGCCGGGUGACGCGAGUGCUGCUAUGGUUCUCGUCCCACUUUCUACAUCGGUGCGAACCCCGGCAUCAGGCGCUUCGGGGCUAGAUUUAGAUCUCAGCCCAUCAGCAGUAGACCCUGAGCCUGAUUUUCACCGACUUCAGUUUUUUAACAAAAGCUUUCAAGUUUUUCAUUCGUGAAUUUCUCUGGUGCCCCUUGAUCUGUAUUGCUCCUGUACUUGAAAAUACCUUUUGUGUCUUGUCAUCUUCAGAAAAAAAGUGCAGCGUGGACAUUCAACUUUGCCCAUGAAUUGGCCCCUGGCCAUCCCUUUGCCCCAAUCCUCUUUUUCUUGGUGCAUCCUGUGGGCUCACCUGCUUGUUCAUGCUUUGCCUGAUUCUAAACUCAUUUCAGCCAGCUUUUCGGGCCCAUUACAAGGCAGGUUUUCGAACGGAGCUCCUGGAUCCUCCCUCAGUCCAAGUCCUCUCUCCCGGGGAUACUUAAGUAGGGGCCCAAAUUUGACUUAUGCUUGUGGUGCCCCCAGCAUGUUAAAAGAAAAAUGAAGUACAUUCUAGUUACUGGUGGUGUUAUAUCAGGAAUUGGAAAAGGAGUCAUCGCCAGCAGUGUGGGCACAAUACUUAAAUCAUGUGGCUUACAUGUAACAUCAAUUAAAAUUGAUCCCUAUAUUAACAUCGAUGCAGGAACAUUCUCUCCUUAUGAACAUGGAGAAGUCUUUGUGCUAGAUGAUGGUGGAGAAGUUGACCUUGACUUGGGAAAUUAUGAGCGGUUCCUUGAUAUUCGCCUCACCAAGGACAAUAAUCUGACCACAGGGAAGAUAUACCAGUAUGUCAUUAACAAGGAGCGCAAAGGAGAUUACUUAGGGAAAACUGUUCAGGUUGUCCCUCACAUCACUGAUGCAAUCCAAGAGUGGGUGAUGAGACAAGCGUUAAUACCUGUAGACGAAGAUGGCUUAGAACCUCAAGUGUGUGUUAUUGAGCUUGGUGGCACAGUGGGAGACAUUGAAAGCAUGCCCUUCAUUGAGGCCUUCCGCCAGUUUCAGUUCAAGGUCAAGAGGGAAAACUUUUGUAAUAUCCAUGUCAGUCUGGUUCCUCAGCCGAGUUCAACAGGGGAACAGAAGACAAAACCUACCCAGAACAGUGUUCGGGAACUUAGAGGACUCGGGCUUUCUCCAGACUUAGUGGUGUGCAGGUGCUCAAAUCCUCUUGACACAUCUGUGAAAGAGAAAAUAUCAAUGUUUUGCCACGUGGAACCUGAACAAGUGAUCUGUGUUCAUGAUGUUUCAUCCAUCUACCGGGUACCCUUGUUGUUAGAAGAGCAAGGGGUUGUAGACUACUUUCUUCGGAGACUUGACCUUCCUAUUGAGAGACAGUCACGAAAAAUGCUGAUGAAAUGGAAAGAGAUGGCAGACAGAUAUGAUCGCUUGCUGGAGACGUGCUCUAUUGCUCUUGUGGGCAAAUACACCAAAUUCUCAGACUCAUAUGCCUCUGUCAUUAAAGCUCUAGAGCAUUCUGCAUUGGCUAUUAACCACAAGUUGGAGAUCAAGUACAUCGAUUCCACAGACCUGGAGCCAAGUACCCUGCAGGAAGAGCCUGUGCGCUACCAUGAGGCAUGGCAGAAGCUCUGCAGUGCUCAUGGAGUGCUGGUUCCAGGAGGAUUUGGUGUUCGGGGAACAGAAGGAAAAAUUCAAGCCAUUGCCUGGGCUCGGAAACAGAAGAAGCCUUUUUUGGGUGUGUGCUUAGGAAUGCAGCUAGCAGUGGUAGAAUUUUCCAGAAAUGUGCUGGGAUGGCAAGAUGCCAAUUCUACAGAGUUUGAUCCUAAGACUAGUCAUCCUGUGGUCAUAGACAUGCCAGAACAUAACCCUGGGCAAAUGGGUGGAACCAUGAGGCUGGGCAAGAGGAGAACCCUGUUCCAGACCAAGAACUCAGUCAUGAGGAAACUCUAUGGAGACACAGACUACUUGGAAGAAAGGCACCGCCACCGAUUUGAGGUGAAUCCUGUCCUAAAAAAGUGCUUGGAAGAGCAAGGCUUGAAGUUUGUUGGCCAAGAUGUUGAAGGCGAGAGGAUGGAGAUCGUGGAGUUGGAAGAUCAUCCCUUUUUUGUUGGAGUGCAAUAUCACCCCGAGUUCCUGUCCCGGCCUAUCAAGCCCUCCCCACCCUACUUUGGCCUCCUCCUGGCCUCUGUGGGGCGCCUCCCACAUUACCUUCAGAAAGGUUGCCGGCUCUCACCCAGGGACACUUACAGUGACAGAAGUGGGAGCAGCUCCCCCGACUCGGAAAUCACUGAACUCAAGUUUCCAUCAAUAAAUCAGGACUGAUCUGGAUGAUUCUUCAAGAAAGCCUUCAACUUCAUACUUUUGAUAGUUUACAACUAUGAUUUUACAUCUUGCUUUUGGACACUUCUUUUAAAUUAUGUUUUUAUUAAGAUUAUUUUAUUAUGGGGGAAAGGCAUUUGGAAAUCUUUGUCACUUGCAUGUCCCGUCAUUUAUACUGGAUCCUGCAACACAUGUAUUUGUGUGACAA